GCUGCGCCUGCCGCCGGGACGGGGGAAAGAGGAAGGCUUCAAGCAGCGCAGCCACUUUUAGGGAAGCUGGGCGUCUGCCGGCCUGAGUAGCCGGCCCUGAAAUGGCGGGUCGGGGCCUAGCCGGUGCCGUGGCGAGGGACCUGAGGGCUCGGCCGGGGUUUGGGCAGGGUGUGGGGACGGUGGAGUGCCCCUCUGCCCCCCUUCCGCGGGGAGGGAGCCUGCAGACUGCGGUGCUCCAGCCGGUUGUGUCCCGGGAAAGCGGCGUGGCCGAGCGCGGGGUGGGACCUGUGGCGCUCGGUUCCCCGGGAGCCGCUGGUGCUUCUGCAAGAAAACAGCGUUUGUGGGUUGUGAGAACUUAACCCUGCAAUGGAUCAGCUGUGAACGGCCUCUUAAAGCUUUCUUCAGUGGAAAAGAUGAAACAAUCCAGUUCUGUCUUCUUCCUUCUGCAGUAGAACUACAUAAUUUAUUCAAAAUACAAAGCGUUUCUGAAAGAUGGACCCAGUUUGAAAUCACUAUAUACAAAUUCAACUAUUGGCUUGAUGUUGUCUGUACAGCAGGUGGAGAGAACGUGGAGCAUUUAUAAAAAGGUUGCUGGAACUUGAUUACUCAUUAAACCGUUUGUAAAUUUUUGCGUAAUGUGUUGCCAUUGUGAAAUUGGGUCCAUCUUUUGGAAAUACCCCGUGUAAAGGGCUAUUUCUACUCAAGGUUUCUAAGAUGUUUAAAUAUUUGGCAUAACCAGGAAACUGAAAAUCAAAGGUGAAAGUUCUUGCCAGUUAUUGACUCUGCAGGCAGUUACCUGUGUGUAUAACUUAAUGCACCAUAUGGAGACUGUAUGGGGCUGUUUGUCACCUUCUUUCAGAAUCAAGUUGUAAAGUUUUUUUUGCUUAGUGUUCCUGUACUAGCAAUAUUUAGAAAUCCUAAUUAGAUGUGCAUAUUCAUGUCGGUGUCAUAAGAAAGGAAGAAACUAUUGUCUUAAAUUGUCCUGGUAAAUUACAGAAUUGCUUUACCAAUGAUGAUGUCUUCUCUUGACAGAUGCACCCUGAUGGUCAACAGCAUCCAUUUUCCAUGCGGAAACAAAUGUAUGGGUUGAAUAAUCAGCUCCUGACAUGACUUCUCAUCAGAACUCACUUUUUUUUUUUGCCUAAUCUGACACUUAGCCAGAUGGACUUUUGAUAGUUUCUCAGUGGUUUUUUUACUGCAUAAACAGAGGUCACAGUCAUCACUGCUGUUAUGUCCUGGGUACAAGUUGCAGUCAGCCGAUCCAGUGAGGAUAUAUUUGACGAAGAUGCAGAUGAGAUGUAUGUACUACAGAAAGAAUGGAACAACACCAUGAAAAAAAGAUUGAAGGAAGGCUAUAGGGAUGGCGUUGAGGCUGGAAAAGAACUUGCACUCCAGGAAGGCUUUAAUCAAGGUUACAGACACGGUGCUGAGCUGAUGGUUACAUGUGGCCAGUUCAAAGGAACCCUGAAUGCUCUCUUAUCCUGGUGUCAUUUUAAUGGACAUGAUUCUGCUUUAAGUAAGAUAAAUAAUCUCCUUGAAGUGGUUGGAAAGCAUGAAGAAGAUAUGCUGAAAUAUCUGAAUUCUACUGAACAACAGCCACAUCUCGGACACAUUUUAGAUUCUGUUCAGGAUAUGGACCUUAAUCACACAGCUCCAGCUGCGACAGAGUACGAUGAAGUUGAAGCUGGAAAGCAUGAAGGUGCUGGCAGCUCUGGUGAAAACAUUUGUAGAAAUAAUGGUGAUGUUGGUUCCUUGCAGUCUGAGUGCAGCAAGGCAAAACUCUGUACAGAUCCUAAAGAGUCAACCCUUGCUUGGGUUAAAAGGCAGACUAUUUGGUUAGUAGAGCAACUGGGUUUAUCACUGGAUAUACUCCAUCUUGUCCAGCAACUGGAACAUUAGUUUUUCUGUUUGGUGUAUUUAAAAUUCUCAGCUGGAUUGGAUUCUCAGUUUGCAGACCACAUACAGGCUGAUGCAUCACUUCAAUUCAGGGAAAUCUGAUUUGGAUACUUCCCAGUAGAUGUAAUUCUGUAAAUCCUCGCAAAAACCUUCUUGCUUUUAAAGCUCUACAAAGAUUUACUGAACUGUUCUGCAUCAGAAGCUGAUGUUUCAUCCUCACUUUGUCUUUUGGCAGUAGUUUGGAAAUGGAGUAUGUCCCUUAAACAGCUCCUCUAAAUACAUACCUUCUAAUAUCUGAAACUCAAAUGCCCAGUGCUAUAGACAAGCUAUUUUUUCAGAAUAAGAUGAUGAUGACCUGUCAACUCUAUGCAAAACAGAACAGGAUUUGCUGCUGAUUUCUAGAGUGCUGUGACUCCCUCUAGUCACUAUAUAAAAACAAGAAUUUUUCAUCUUUUGUCAAAUUCUUCAUAUUUUGUGUCUACUAUGCAGUGCCCUUUAACAGUUUUUUCCUUUUCCUACAGUUCUAUUCAUUUCACUUUUACUGAAAACACACCAUUGUCUUCAAAUGCAGAAUUAUUGACAAUGCCAUUGUUCUAAUGUUAUACCAUCUACUCUUACCCUGUUAGACCACACUGUACAUGGUUCCAGUCUAACAAACUUCCUUGUGUUAUUUUUGUAUUUAUUUUGCCAGGCCCUCUAGCCUGAACUUUCUUUCCCUCACUCCCAUACUGUUUUUUCCAAACUCUUCAAGGAAGCCAGGAUUAUUCAGCUUAUUUUAGAAACAUGUUGUCAGCCACAUAUGCAUAUUUCUGACAACUUUGUAUUUCUGUGUCAACCUUCCUUUUCCUGUUGUUUGCCUUAAUUGUAGCUGCAAAUUGCUCUGGUCAAGAGGUCUUUUCUUUGUUAAUGCCUUUCUCUGUUUUACACUAAUUAAACUGAUUUACAGUAA